AUGGCCCUGGCCAACCUCACGUCCGCCCCACAGUUCCUCCUCCUUGGCCUGAUGGACGGAACAGACGUCCACCCGCUGCUGUUCCUGCUCUUCCUUGGCAUCUACCUGCUCAAUGCCCUGGGCAACGUGAGCAUUGUGGUCUUGGUGAGAUCCGACGGGGCCCUCUGCUCCCCCAUGUAUUACUUCUUGGGUCAUCUGAGCCUCGUGGACGUCUGCUUUACCACCGUCACGGUCCCCAGACUGCUGGCCGGCCUGCUCCACCCAGGCCAGGCCAUGUCCUUCCACGGGUGCUUUGCCCAGAUGUACUUCUUCGUGGCUCUGGGCAUCACGGAGAGCUACCUCCUGGCAGCCAUGUCCUACGACCGCGCGGUGGCAGUCUGCCGCCCCCUGCACUACGGCGCGGUCAUGACACCCUGGCGCUGCGCGGUGCUAGUGGGGGCGUCCUGGGCGGUGGCGCACCUGCACUCGCUGCUCCACACGCUGCUCAUCUCCGCGCUCUCUUACCCGCGCUCCACCCCUGUGCGCCACUUCUUUUGUGACAUGACGGUGAUGCUGAGCUUGGCGAUCUCGGACACGGCGGCCGCGGAGGCUGCUAUCUUCUCGGAGGGCCUGGUCGUGGUGCUGACCCCGCUGCUCCUCGUGUCCCUGUCCUACUCGCGCAUCCUCGUCGCGGUGUUGAGAGUGCGGUCCGCAAGGGGCCGUUUCCGCGCCUUCUCCACCUGUGGGGCCCACCUGGUGGUCGUGUCGCUUUUCUUCGGCUCUGUCCUCUCCGUCUAUUUCCGGCCGUCGUCUGCCUACUCGGCCCGCUACGACCGCCUGGCCAGCGUGGUCUAUGCGGUGGUCACACCCACCUUGAACCCUUUCAUCUACAGCCUUCGCAACAAAGAGGUCAAAGGCGCCCUAAAAAGGGGACUUAGACAGAGGGCUGCACCCGAAGAGGUGUGA